CAGAGAGGGGGCCCAAGAAGAGCAGAAGAGCCGCUCGUGGAGGACGCCUUCGGUCUGCAAAGGGUAGGUAGAGAGGCCUUCUUCAUCUGUAGGAAAGGUCUCCCCCUGAGCAGGUUAGAAGCAGGCGACGUGCUCAACAGGGGGUUUGGGGGCUUCACGGGGGCAUAGGGCCCGAGGGCCCCGGAGAAAGCAAGGAUGCAGGAUACGGCAGGAGAUAUGUUCAUGGGUGCCUGGAUGGACCCUAGCCUGAUGACGCCAGAGCCGCUCCUGACAGGAGACCAGAACGCUGCGUGCCAGUGGCAGUGGCCCGCUUUUGAGAAGACAGAGGAGAGUGGACAAAGCGAGAAGGGCCCUUCAUGCAAGAAGUCGGGCAGCAGAAAGAGGCAAAGAGGGGAGCAGUCAGUGGCUGCUGCAGACAAGGCUGACCGGGAAAGGGAGCGCCGCAACCGGCUGCACGCAAAGUUCAUGGAGUUGAGCCAGCUGCUAGACCCGGGGAGGCCACCCAAGACGGACAAGUCCACCAUCCUCACAGAUGCGGUCCGCGUUAUCGGACAGCUGCGGAACGAGGCGGAGCAGCUCAAGGAGUCCAACACCCAGCUUAGGAGCAGCAUCAAGGACCUAAAGGUUGAGAAGAAUGAGUUGCGCGAGGAGAAGGUCCGCCUCAAGAACGACAAGGACCGGCUAGACUUGCAGGUCAAGACCAUGAUGCCGCCCAGCUUCGGCCUGCCCCAGGCAGCAAUGGCAGCCGCAUUCGCUGCUCAGCAGCAGCAUAAGCUGCAGGCGCCGGGCCAGGCAGCUAUGGGCAACUUUGGCAUGUGGCAGUUCCUUCCCCCACAAGUACUGGACACGUCUCAGGACCAUGUGCUGAGGCCGCCGGCUGCUUAGAGCCGAGGAAUGUUGUGUCAAGAGUCGCGGGAGGAGAGCAGAGGUGGCACUGGUCAGCCACCUUUUGUUUUGUAUUUUAGGGCGGUAUUUCUGAGGUGGUGCCAGGGCCACAUUUUUCGGACGAGAAUUUGUAGCCAUCUGUUACAGUGUUGGUCCUUAAUAAAUGGACCUCGCUUGUGCAAGUCUUUGUUGCCAGAUCAAAACGCUGCAGAUGAUUGCAUCGUUUAUGACUGCGUGCACCUGAUCAUUCUGCACUAGGCUCUAUGAGCGCUCCUGUUUUGUAAUCGCCUGGGUCGGC